AUGAAAUGGAUAAGAAGAUCAACUAUCAAUCCUUUAAUUGCAAAAUUAAAAUGGGAAUGGUUAAUUACUUUUAAUUAUAUUGAUGAAUUAGAAAAUAAAUUGAAAAAAUAUGAUCAAUUUAAAUUUGAAGAAGUUAUCAAGGAAAUAUGUAAAAAUUUAGCUAUAAAAGAAAGGAAGGAUGUUGUUGAAAACAUCGAAUCGAUUCUUAAAUUUUCACAACAUAUUAUAAUGGGUUUGAUAGAACAAUUAAUAUCGAUGAAUAUUAUGGUUGAAGGAAAAGUGAAUAUUUUUAAAAAAACAUUUCAAAAAUAUUUUAUUAGUACUUUUGACUUUGAUGGAAAAAUCAAUCCAUUAGAGUUAGAUGUAUUUACCAAUCACACUAAAGAAAUUUGGUAUAAUGAAAAUAAAAAACCACAUAAACGUGAAGAACUUGUUAAUCUAAUUAUGAAAUUGUAUAAAUCUAUAAAAGAUAACACAUUUGUAUUAGAUGAUGAAAUGUUAUUAAAAUGCUCUGGUAUAAUUGAUAUAUAUUGUAAUUAUUUAUCAAAGAAUCUUAUAGAUAUAAAUCUCGAAUUAAUAAAAACUAAGGUUAAAGCAAUUUGUGAAAAGCUUCAGAUAAAUAAAAAAUAUUAUACCACUUUAAAUAAAAAAGAAUAUCCAUUAAUCGAUCUUGAUAAAAUGACACAUGUGAAAAAAAUAUAUUUUUUAAGAUGGGUUAAUAAUAGCAAAUAUGAAAAAUCUUUAUUUCAAGAUGUAAUAAUAGAUUUAUGGAAUAAUAAAAUAUCAGAUAAAAAUUUAGAUAGGAUUUUUCAAACUUCGUUGUUGUACUAUAUUAAUAAAUUCAAAUCAUCCAAUGGGUAUUAUGAUUUUUUUAGUGAAGAGUAUAAAAAAAGAUAUUUAAAAAGCUUUUUUGAUACCGUGAAUGAGUAUUGUGAAUAUCUGAAAAUUAAUAAAUCAAAUACUGAAGUCGAACCCAAUCAAAAAGAACCUCAACAAGAAAUAGUUUUUCCAUCGAUUGAAAGAUGA